AGUAAGUGCUUAUGAUAUUGUGAAUCUGAUAGUUCAGCAUCACUGUAUGCUGGUUAUUCUGAGGAUAGAGAAUCCAGUCUGCAUCUGUAUUUAAUAUCAGGUGCAUGAAGUUAAGUUUGUCACUAUGAGGUUUCUUAUCGUAUCGUGUGUGUCGAUACUGCUGCUGAUUAGUGGUGAAAUCACAAAUGGACAAGUUUCAGAUAUCAGGCUGGUGAAUGGUGGCAGUGUGUGUUCUGGAAGAGUGGAGGUUCUUCAUAAUGGAGUUUGGGGAACUGUGUGUGAUGAUGCUUGGGAUCUAUCAGAUGCUGCAGUGGUGUGUCGAGAGCUGGGCUGUGGUGCUGUUAUAGAGGCAAAGAGCAAUGCUUAUUUUGGACAAGGUUCAGGACAAAUAUGGUUGGAUGAUGUAGCGUGUACAGGAAGUGAAGAUACACUGAAAAAAUGUCCAGCACAACCAUGGGGAACAAACAACUGUGGACACAGUGAAGAUGCUGGAGUCCACUGCCAAUAUAUUUUGGUGAAAGGACAAGUGAAGGUGUAUCGGGCCCCAGCUCUCUUUGUCUCCUUAAUGGUUUUCUUUGUUCUCCUCUUUAGUGCUUAAAUCAUCUUCUAAUAGAUUUACACCGAAGAGAUGUGAAAACAUUUUGCUAUGCUUAUAUGUUGUCUGUACACCAACAAUAGGUGUAUGAAUUACUGGGAUUGAACAAUUAUUCAAAGAAAUUGAUGAGCGUUGAAACGUUUUAUAAAUGAUAAAUAAAGUAUGUCAUAAGUCAUAUUUUUUUAACAUGGUAACAUACUAUUAAUUUGGUUAUUAUUUGAGACUUUCUUUUCAAAUACAUGCAAUAUUUGGUCAAUGCAAAAUCAAAGAGUUUCUUAUUAUAUAUAUUUUUUUCAAUGUGAUCUUUUUGUAAAAGUGAGUGGAUUUACAUGCACAAAAGAAACGGAUAUCUAUAAAAAGUCAGCUUUGAAAGACACCU